GUUUUCUCUCUGUCCAGCUGUGUCGUCUCCAUCCUCCUUCACCCUGAAGACAAACACCAUCAGCACCACCGUCCCCAACUCCUACUACCCAGAUCCCUUCGUACCGACGGCCAUUCUGGACGACAGUCACACUAUGACCAGUGAAACCAGUAGCCUGGUCCAGUCCCACUAUAAGCAGCGAGAGUCGGAGCGGGAGGCCUUACCCUAUCAGACGGGACAGCUGCACCCGGCCAUCCGAGUGGCUGACCUGCUGCAACACAUCACCCAGAUGAAAUGUGCCGAAGGUUACGGCUUCAAGGAGGAGUACGAGAGUUUCUUCGAGGGACAGUCUGCUCCGUGGGAUUCAGCCAAAAAGGACGAGAACCGCAUGAAGAAUCGCUACGGAAACAUCAUCGCCUAUGACCACUCUCGUGUGCGUCUGCAGCCUCAGGACGGAGAGAGCGGCUCUGACUACAUCAACGCCAACUAUGUCGACGGCUACCACAGACCCAAUCACUACAUCGCCACCCAAGGUCCCAUGCAGGAGACCGUCUACGAUUUCUGGAGGAUGGUUUGGCAGGAGAACACCGCCGCCAUUGUCAUGGUAACCAACCUGGUGGAGGUGGGACGGGUGAAGUGUUGUAAGUACUGGCCUGACGACACAGAGAUCUACGGCGACAUGAAGGUGACACUGAUCGAGACACAGCUGCUGUCAGAGUACGUGAUCCGGACCUUCGCUGUGGAGAAGAGGGGCGUGGCUGAGAUCAGGGAGAUCCGUCAGUUCCAUUUCACCGGCUGGCCAGAUCAUGGCGUGCCGCUUCACGCCACCGGCCUGCUGGGCUUCAUCCGCCGCGUCAAAGCCAAAACUCCGCCCACCGCCGGCCCCACCGUGGUCCACUGCAGUGCGGGGGCGGGGCGUACAGGUUGUUUCAUUGUGAUUGACAUCAUGCUGGACAUGGCAGAGAGAGAGGGCGUGGUCGACAUCUACAACUGUGUACGAGAGCUGCGAGCACGAAGGGUUAACAUGGUCCAGACUGAGGAGCAGUACGUCUUCAUCCAUGAUGCCAUCUUGGAGGCUUGUCUCUGCGGUGACACAGCGAUCCCAGCCAAUCAGCUGCGGUCGGUUUACUAUGAGAUGAACCGAUUGGAUCCUCAGACCAACUCCAGUCAGAUCAAAGAGGAGUUCAGGACUCUGAACAUGGUGACGCCCACGCUGCGGGUGGAGGACUGCAGUAUUGCUUUGUUGCCUCGAAACCACGAGAAGAACCGCUGCAUGGACGUGCUGCCCCCGGACCGCUGCCUGCCGUUUCUCAUCACCAUCGACGGGGAGAGCUCCAACUACAUCAACGCUGCACUGAUGGACAGCUACAAGCAGCCGUCUGCGUUCAUCGUUACCCAGCAUCCUUUGCCCAACACGGUAAAGGACUUCUGGCGUCUGGUCCUCGACUACCACUGUACAUCCAUCGUCAUGCUGAACGAUGUCGACCCCGCGCAGCUGUGUCCUCAGUACUGGCCGGAGAACGGCCUCCAUCGUCUCGGCUCCCUGCAGGUGGAGUUUGUCUCAGCAGACCUGGAGGAGGACGUCAUCAGCCGCAUCUUCAGGAUCUACAACACAGCCAGGCCCCAGGACGGGUACCGUAUGGUGCAGCAGUUCCAGUUCCUGGGCUGGCCAAUGUACCGGGACACGCCCGUCUCCAAGCGCUCCUUCCUCAAACUGGUUCACCAGGUGGACAAAUGGCAGGAGGAGUACGACGGAGGAGAAGGACGUACCGUCGUCCACUGCCUGUAAGAGUACUACCACACAGUACUACAUCAGCACUACA